GUCUCGUUUCAUCAAUUCCUGUAUACUGUCACAUCUCCAUCACAACUUGAAGCGGGUAUAGAAAAGGGCACGCGACAUCUCUUUAGUACUUUACAUGUACUUCCGCAACUCUCAACCCACUUCCCAUUGAAAAGAAAUAUCUUAUAUCGCUGAGCAGCGGCUGUGUCUUUCCUGGAUGCGUUAGUCGAACCGGCAAAUCACUCUGUGCCCAGCGAUUGUUUGCUCUUCGUCACACCCUCCAGAUCGUUGGACCACCCCAACUGGAGGCUAAUUGGCUACUGGGCGUUCAACUUCGACUUAUUGUCUGCACAAUACCGACGACCGACUGGAUUUGAAGUGAGGAAGCUCGUCGUCUGUGGACAUAUCCCGUUCCAAUGUCUACAACAGCACACUGGCCUUCCUCAUUGCCUCAGAUACCCUGCAUCGGACUACCGAUGCUUACUGGUAUCUUACAGGUCGGAUGUACCCGGGGAAGUCUGUCGGGAACAGUGCUGCUCAUUCCUGAUAUGAUCACGGUCCAAUUCGAAAGCAAACGAAAGCUCCCAGAACCACGGAUGUUCUCUGAUAUUUGGCUUGGAAUAUCUGUUCGACUCUUAAAUACUAUCCUUCUAUAUACCUUCUUCUAUCUCUAUAAGCCCAAUCCGCUCUACUACUUGACAGAUCCGUCAACCACUACUCAGGCUAUCCUUUUGACAAGUGAAGACUGGCGCUUAGCAGCCCUCAUCUGGUUACCAUUGCACCAACUCAUGUCGCUUCCACAUCCCCUUUCCCAACCACCACCACGUCCGCCAGUCUUAGGUGACCCUUCUUUAGCACCCCAUGGAUUCCACGCCGCAAGCUGUUCACAUUCACCCCACCCACCAUUUCCACUGUCGCCGUGCGAGGACUUUCCAAUGAGUAUGGGACCGCAGAGCCCUCGACAUCCCGCCGUGGACGCCGCGGAGCACCUUCUGGAGAGCCUCCCGCCUGGGAUGUUCCCUCCGUCGUAUACCGAUUCCCGGCGACCAAAGUUGCCGUUCCCGCCCAGUCCAAAUGACCCCUUCAUGAUGUCUUCAUGCCCAUCCAGUCGAUGUAGCUCGACGAGGGAUUCAUUCUCGUCCGGUCCUCCACUUGACGAGCUGGUGCGAAGGACCAACCUCGCCGUCCAACUAGUCAACAGCCAACUCACCAUCUCCAGUCGCUACGCCCAAAUGCAACCGAAGAUGUGCACCGACGGCCGGUUCCCCGAGGACUUCAAGACCGCCAAGACGCUCGAAGAAGUGCGGGUCAUCGACCCGUCCACCCUCGACCGCAUUCUCUCGGCCUACAACUUGCCGACGGACCUGCGCAGCUUGCGGAUGACGAGCCGCGAUCCGUUCUCGCCGAAGAUGGCGCAUCUGGCGAAGCUGUGCACCUUGCUGGAUUUUCUCGGCGCAACGCAGGUUGCGGAAGCGGACAGGAUGAGGAGAGCGGCGGUCAUGGUUGGGUAUUGAGGGCGGGAUGUUCGUGCAUAUAUGGUCGUGAUAUCCUCAUGGUACGAUUCUGAUCUGGGGUCGCGGUAUAACACUCGUAUUCAAAAAGCAGUAUUGUCUUCCCAUGGUUCAUGACGUCGUUAAUUAUGCGCUUCCCGCCUACAAUCACAGCGACUAAAUGGAAGAUGUUCACCAUGACCGCUCGUGGCCUUAAGAUACAAUAGAUUCUGCAAUCCGUCUCAAUACAUCCUUGCUCAAUAGAGCUUUGGAGGGUGAACGAUAGCGCGAUGCCUUUUUCCAUCCGAACUCAUGGCCGCAAGCUUUGCCUAACAUCAGUUAGUCGGCCGAGAACGCAGUACUCCCGAUGCAACAAAGUAUGGAGACUCACAGUACA